CAGCCAAGCCAGCAUUCGCAAUCCCAGACACACUUCACAAUGGCACUGACCCAACAAGCCACUUCCAUUCCCUUGGGCAUUUUCCCCGACGGCCUCAAAACCACCGGCCAACACCCCCCGCUCUACGAACACAUCCACCCCUUCGACAAGUUCCCCAAAGAGAUCACCGGCCCGACCGUCUGGAAGCCUGAAGACUAUCGCGAGCACCCGGAGAAAUGGACCCAUCGCUUCACUGCGGAGGAGAUCGAGGAACUGUCCACGGCGGCCGAUAAUUUCCUGGCCAACAAGAUCCCUAUGACGGGGAUCAGCAAGAGCAACUUCCCCCUCCCCAACCUCUCCAAGCGCCUCACAGAACUCCGCGCCGACCUCCUCAACGGCAAAGGCUUCAUCCUCUUUAAAGGCUUCCCCGUAGAACGCUGGGGCAACCACAAAUCAGCGAUCGCAUACAUGGGCCUGGGCACAUACUUAGGGUACUUCGUCAGCCAGAACAGCCGGGGCCACGUGCUGGGCCACGUCAAGGACCUGGGUGAGGAUCCGACGCAGAUCGACUCGGUGCGCAUCUACCGGACGAACGCGAGACAAUUCUUCCACUCAGACGACUCCGAUAUCGUAGGGUUACUCUGCAUCCACCGCGCCAAAGAAGGCGGCGAAUCAGACCUCGUCUCCUCGCACCACGUCUACAACACACUCGCCCACGAGCGGCCAGACGUUCUCCGAACCCUGGCCGAACCGAUCUGGUACUUCGACCGCAAGGGCGAGACCAGUCGCGGCGAGGACGAGUGGAUCCGCACCAGCGUCGUGUAUCUUGAACGCGGGGAGCAUCCGCGCGUGUAUACCAAAUGGGACCCCUACUACGUCCGCUCCAUCACCCGCUUCUCAAACGCAGGCCUCAUUCCACCACUCUCCGCAAAACAAACCGAAGCCCUCGAGGUGCUGGAAACCACCUGCAACCGGCUCAGCCUGCACAUGGUCCUCGAGGUCGGCGACAUCCAGUUCCUGGCCAAUUCGCACGUGCUGCAUGCCCGCACGGCGUACAUGGAUCAUGCGCCCCCCACGCCCCGUCGCCAUCUCAUGCGGUUGUGGCUUGCCACGCCCGAGAGUGAAGGUGGCUGGCGUCUGCCGUUUUGGGAUAGUAAUGAGAAGAAGCGCGGGGGUAUUCAGGUUGAUGAUCAGCCGCCUGUUGCGCCUUUGGAUGCUGAGUAG